AAGCGACGUUUAAAUAUGGUUGCUCAACUGACUAAUGCUGAGGCCAGUACCUUUUACACAGCUAAUUCUGAAACCAGUACCUCAUACGCGGUUAAUGCAGAAGUCAGUACCCCUUAUAUGGUUAUGAUUGAUCAAGUGGCAAAUAUUGAAAGUAGCACUUCCUACGCGUUUAUUGCUAAAACCAGUACCUCCGGUGCAUUAAAUGCUGAAUUCAUUUACGAUGAAGCAACUACUGAGGAGGUUAACAGAG